AUGAAUUAUAUCUUGAAGAAAAACAUAUCAAAAUUAUUGAAAAAAGAACAAAUUGCUGGUUCGAACUUCUUUCUUUUGACAGAAGAAAAGCUCAGAAGUUGCAUAUUAAUUCUAAUUACUGAUGAUCGUGACCAUAAUCAAACGGCAGAAAGGGCCCCGAAAAAGAAUUGGGAGGUUGAAACAUGGUUCUGGGAUUUAGAGCCAGAUCUUACAGGAAAGAUGAAAGUUCUUGAAAUUCCUGAUGGAGAUAUAAUCUCAAAUUGGGAGAAUAAAGAUCUGAUAGAAUGGUUUGACACUUUAAACUUAUUGGUCGGUGGAAUUUAUAAUACUUCUCCCACUCUAUAUAAUGGCAAAGUUGAUAUGACCUUGAAUACUAAUGCUUAUUAA